CGAGCAGGAGCAGCUAUCUUCUGCCACGCCACGCCAUUGCCUCACCUUCCUUGAAAACUCCAACCUUUUUCUUCCCAUUUCUCCUCCUUGCUUCCCUACCGCAACUGAUCCAAAUCUCCGAUCCGAGAGAGAGUGCGGCCGGCCAUGGCGGGAGAGGUGAGCAAGGAGGAGGUAGGCACCGUGCUCAUGCACGCCAUGAUGGCCGCCAAGAACCUGCGCCCGCAGCGCGACCGCCUCCUGCACCUCCACCGCCGCCUCCAGCAACUCCAGCCCGCCGCCCCCGACGACGCCAAGCUCCGGGACCUCGCCACGGACCUGUGGAAGGUCUACUACAUCGGCAUGGAGUACGGCGCCCGCGCGCUCGCCACCUGCCUCGAGAUCGCCGUCCAGAAAGGCGGCCGCUUCGCCAUGAACCCCGCCUUCGCCGUCAUGCCGGACGAGCAGCUCCACGACGCGCUGCUCGCGCAGCGCCUCCCGGCCCGCCCCACCACCCAGCCCGAGGCCCUGGCCCGCGUCGAGGCCGCGCUCUUCGCCGUCAAGCUGCCCGAGGAGUACCACAUCCCGCGCUGCAUCGAGCACCUCGUCGGCUCCCGCCCCCCGCACCCCGGCGCCAACCGCGGCACCUCCUCGCCCAAAGCCGCCGUCGACCUGGACAAGGCGCUCGACUUCCUGGACCGCGGGUGCACCGUCCUCAGCCUCGCCGUCAAGCACGUCGACCUCGCCGUCGCCGUCCUCUCCCGCUUCCUCGACCCCAAGGAGGUUGCCAGCCUCGGCGAGUUCACCGACAAGGUCGCCUACAUCUCCAAGGACGGGCCCUAUCCAACAUCCGAUUGAGCGUCGUGGUCGAGAUUCAAGGGGAUCCUUUGCAUUGCUCAUCGAAUCCAUGCUCUCCUUAUCAGUCUUUUAUUUUAGUUUAUCAUGCAGACAAAUUAACUUGUGGCUUCAGAAUUCAGUUUGGUCAGAUUUAUGUGCUGCCAUGCUCUUCUAUCUAUUUGUGUUCACCAAUUCCUGGGCAAACACAUUAGGGGCAAACAAUGUACUAGUGUAAUCAUGCUGAUCUGCAUCGAAUUGCAGCACUGCAUGUCAAAAUUGUUGCACAAGCUACUGCUACUACUGUAUUUCAAUCCUGUUAUGUCA